GAAGGCGGGUCUGCGACCGCGUGGCGUCUCGCGAGAUCUGCCCGCUCCGCCUACGGUGUUCGGAGCCGGAGGUGGCGCCGCGCGGAGCCCGGCGCUGUGGCGGUCCGAAAUGGGCCUGUUUUUAGAAGAUGCAGUGCACUAGAUGUGGUGCUUGGAACAGAAUUAAUCAUGGCAUCAGAACUGUGUAAAACAAUCUCUGAGGCAAAGCUGGAAAAGCACAAGAAUUUAUUCCUAAAUUACAGAAAUCUCCAUCAUUUUCCUCUGGAGUUACUGAAAGAUGAGGGGCUGCAGUACUUGGAGAGACUUUAUAUGAAAAGAAAUUCUCUGACCACAUUGCCAGAAAAUCUUGCACAGAAGCUUCCAAACCUCGUGGAAUUGUACCUUCAUUCAAAUAACAUAGUUGUUGUACCUGAAGCCAUUGGUUCCCUCGUUAAACUGCAGUUUCUGGACCUAAGUGAUAAUGCCCUUGAAAUUGUGUGUCCAGAGAUUGGUCGCCUGAGAUCUUUACGUCAUCUUCGUUUGGCUAACAACCAGCUGAAAUAUUUACCUGCAGAGGUUGGAGAUCUGAGGGAGCUGCAAACACUGGAUAUUUCAACCAACCGCUUGAUAACCUUACCUGAAAGGCUGCAUAUGUGCCUCUCGCUGCAGUACUUGACUGCAGACCGGAACCACCUGUGGUAUGUUCCCCGCCAUCUGUGCCAGCUUCCAAGCCUCAAUGAGCUCUCCAUGGCUGGGAACCGCCUUGCAUUUCUGCCUCUUGAUUUAGGUCGUUCACGGGAGCUACAAUAUGUUUAUGUGGAUAACAACAUCCAUCUCAAAGGCCUUCCAUCUUUUCUGUAUAAUAAAGUCAUUGGUUGCAGCGGCUGUGGUUCUCCAAUUCAAGUUUCAGAGGUGAAACUGCUCUCUUUUUCAUCAGGACAAUUAACUGUGUUCCUGCCAGCAGAGGUGAAAUCUAUAGGGACAGAAACAGAUCAUGUGCUGCCUUUGCAAGAAUUGGCUAUGAGGACCCUCUAUAACACUUACUACGUGUAUUUAAAAGAUUUGAAUUUUCUUACUCCAAUCUCACUACCAAAAAGCCUCUUGGAAUUGUUACACUGUCCCUUGGGACACUGUCACCGCUGUAGCCAGCCCAUGUUUACCAUUGUCUACCCAAAGCUCUUUCCCUUAAGGGAAACUCCAAUGGCAGGAUUGCAUCAAGGGAGGACAACUGUUAGUUUUGUGGCAUACUGCUGCUCCACCCAGUGUCUGCAGACUUUUGACCUACUGAGUUGAUAAACAUUUUAAACUACUCAGGAGUGCUGCCAGUUUAAAGCUGCAUUAGACGUCGUAUCCCGUUGGUACUGGAAUACAGUGUGUGUGCCAAAGCAGCAGAAGUGCCCAGUCGGGAACAUUAAGAGGCACUUAAAUCCUGCCCUAUCAAAUUUGGAUGAAGUGCAGAAACUUUUUUGGAAGUGUAAAUACCAAGUUUUUAAGAGCAUUAACUUCUCUCAGCAAAGAUAGCAUACAAACCAGACAAAUUUUUGAGUUCUAAGUCCCUAGAUUUGCAGUGUUUUUCAAAUGUGACUGCCUUCAUGUGGAUCCACUGUGUCUUCUGGGGCAGUUUUCAUUCCUCUAACAGUGUCCAGCUGACCUAUAAUUUAAAAACUAUAUCCCUAACCAGUUUUUGUUUAUUGCUCCCAUCUCUUACGUUCUACAGUGGGAUUCAGAUGUGUACAUCUAAGACUAUACAUGCCUUUGAAGAAGCCCUGUGACUUUCACAUAGAAUUUAGUUUUAUUUUUUUUUCUCUCAUCUCAAUAUUUUACCCCACAGAGUUAUCCUAGUUUUAUACUAAGUUUUUAACAGGCAUCUGUGCUACUUAAAUCCAUGUAUUUAAAGCAGAUCUUUGCUUCUGGUACUGCUGUGAGCCACACUUAUUCCACUGGAGUACCUAGGAUAUGUCUGGAGACUGAAGGUGCUGUUUGAUUAACAAAGGCCUAUACUGAUAUCUACAGCAAGUGGUGUUGCUCUGGUGUGUUUGGUGACAUUUUCUUUAUUUUCAUCACUUCUAUGCUUUAUUUUUAAUAAAAACAGUUUCCCUUUUGCUGCGUUCCGAAUUCUUCAGGAAGAAGACAUUAAGUACAAAUUUCACUUGGAAAAAAUAGUAAUGUAAAUAUUUAUCCCUGUUUACUCUAUUUUGACACUUGCAUACAGUAGACCUGCACAGAGUUGGUCUUCAUUUCUCAAGGUUCUGCAUUUGAUUUGUGAGAGCUUCUCUGUGAAGUGUGUUAACCUUGGGGGAGGCUGGGGAAGGGGAGGGAGGGAAGUAUGUUUAUGUCCAUAGGUGGGCAUACCUGCAUACCUACAUACACAGCAAAAGAGCUGUGAUAAAAUUUUUAGCGUAUUAUGUUCGUAUUAAUUUCAAAGGACAGAGAAUGGGGGGAAAAAAGGCCCCAAAUGUCUGUGUAAACUAAGAUUUUCUUUAUAAACAAAGCAGUUUAAAUAGUUAUCCCUUUUUGACUUGCUUUCACAUAUGUAAAUUGUUAAUGUAUUUAUUAAAAAAGUUAUAAACUCUUUGUUGAUCCAGCAGUGCUCCACUCUGCACAGCAGACAUAUGCUGAAAUAAAUAUGAUGAAAAAGUUA